GAGCGCCGCGCGGCUACGCACGCAGAGACUAGAACGAAGGAGCAGGUGAGCCCCGUGACCUCUGACCUCGCGUUCGGCGUAGCCGCGCCCACUGCCUCAUGGGUGAGACUCAGGUGGAUAUUCAAGAUAGAACACCAUGAAAGAUACAGAAAUAAAGAGACUGCUGUCUGCCAACGUUGUCUCUGUUUUGUCCAUUAUCCUAACAACUACUGUUCCACCUCUCUUCUUGGAGAACUUCUCAGUUUUGGGAACACACCUUAUCUGGUUGUGCAUCUGUUCUAUUUGUGUAACUACUGUAAAUAUAAUCUUGUAUAUAAUACUUAAACCGAAUCCAUCUUCUAAGAGAAUUUCAUUUGCUCACAAGGUAACCAGAUUUCUAAAAUGCUGUGUGUUCUUCUUCAUAUCAUGUAUACUGUUUCAUGGAAUUAUCGUUCUUUAUGGAGCACCACUAAUAGAGUCAGUGCUUGAGACAUUUCUGUUUGCAGUACUCCUAUCUACAUUUACUACUUUACACUGCUUGUGUAUGCUGGGACCAAACAUCCAAGCAUGGAUAAGGGUAUUCAGUAAAAAUGGAGCUAUGUCCAUCUGGGAUAACAGUCUGCAGAUUACUACGAUGUGUAGCAUAGUGGGAGCAUGGUUUGGAGCAUUUCCUAUUCCUCUGGAUUGGGAUCGGCCUUGGCAGAUCUGGCCCAUUUCCUGUUCCCUCGGAGCUACCUUUGGCUACGUGGCUGGCCUCAUUAUUGCACCUCUGUGGAUAUACUGGAAUCGGAAGCAGCUUACAUACAAAAGCAGAUAACGGGGGCAGAGAGAGAAGGUUCUGCUUCUGAAGAAAGCAUGUUACAGGCAGCUUGGUUUGGGUUGACUAUACAGUCCUAAACGCUUCAGCUAAAGAACAGGAAGAAAAAAAAAUUGUUGCCAACUUGUAGAUUCGUUUCUGAAAAUGGGCUAUAAAUAAAAAUCUAGCAUCUUCCUGACAUUUAAAAAAAAAAAGUGUGUUUUGUAAUGAUUAACGGCCUAUAGGUACAACCCUCAUUUUAAUUAAUUAUCUGACUCAAUCAUUAUUGACUUCUGUACUGAAAAUAUUUACACUGUUAUUACAAGGGAGACAUCUAAGUGAGUCUGCUUCUUAGCAGCAGUUUUAUAAAAAGCUGGUUAUCUAGACUGGUAAAGUAAGUAUGAAAAUCACACAUAAGGAGAAAAAAUGCAAUCACAAAUAAGUUGGGUA